AUGCCAAAGACAAAGAUAACUGUCAACAAAGGCAGGAAGUGCCCAUUCUGUCCUUACCGUUUCAUGAAAGAUGAAGAAUUGUCAAAGCACAUUGGCGAAUGCAGUAAGGAACUGUUGUUCUGCAAUUUUUGUGAUUUCAAUUCCACCACCUCCAAAAAUUUGAGAAGGCAUCUCAAGAGACAACAUGACAUUGGUGAAGAAACUUGCGGUGAGGUAGAUUCAGUACUUCAAAAGGAAGGCCCCAGUGAAAGUUGCGUCUCGGAUGCUGAAUCGUGGGUCACACAGGAUCCUGGAGAUCUUCGAGCGGUGCUUCUAGGGGAUAUAAGUGAAAGUGAGAGUGAGGAUGAAGUCAGUAAAGAGAAGAGUGGGAAGGAACUCCCGUGUAGUGAUGAAUCAAAGAGAGAAGAAGGUAGACUCUACCGGAAACCCACUCGACCUUUACCAGUUUUCGCUCCCGCUAGGGUUGCACCCUUAAUAGAUAACAGACCUUCUAAUCCAGCACCUGAGAAACAACCAUGUGAACACAAAGAGUGUCAGACUGAUCCAGUGUAUUUCACGGAAAGCGUAAAAAUAAUCACCAAAUGGGUCGAAGAGGGAAGACGAAUCAAGAAGAUUGAAAAGAAGAAAUUGCUGUAA